AUGGCUCCUUUGAAAAGAGCAGCAUCUGAAGCUGUCUCCUCAAGACCACAGCCAUGGAAGAAUGGAGAAGGUCCGCUGCAAAAGAAAGCACUCAUCGCUGCACUUGGAAAUGGGGACAAACAGCUGAGGCAGGAAACAAACGGCAAGAAAGAGGAUACAGAGGAGCAGUUGGGAGACGCUAGUGCGUCUGACGAAGAAGAACGCGAUGAGGAUGCCAAAGACGGGGACGACAAUGAAGAAGACGAAGACGAAGAGGAUGAUGACGAGGACAGAACACAAGAUAACCAACAACAGCAGCACAAAUCGGGCCAGCUGAGUGCACAGGACGUACAGAUGGCGCGUGCCACCGCUGAGCUUUUCAAAUCAAACAUCUUCAAGUUGCAAAUCGAUGAGCUUUUACAGCAGAUCAAACUCAAGGAUUCGCGCAUCCUCAAAGUAGAAAAAUUCUUGCACAAGCUGUAUGACACGAUCCAAAUGGUGCCCGAUUGGGAGCCGACCGCGCUGGCCGAUGUCGAGUCUUAUUUCAAGGGCAAAAUCGUCGCUGUUCCGUUUGCAGACCCCAAACCUGCUCCCUCUGUGCAAUACAAAUUCAGUUAUAAGGCUCCAGACGUGUCUUUGAUCGGUUCGUUUGCGCUCAAGACUGCAACUUACGAUCCCAGGGGUUCUUCAGUGGACGUACUUCUCACGAUGCCCUCAGAGCUCUUUGAGAAAAAAGAUUUCCUGAACUUUCGAUGCAUUCACAAAAGAAGCGUGUAUUUGGCGUACUUCACGCAUCAUCUGUUCGUUUUGUUUGAAAAGGAGCAGCUUUCUGACUUCCUCCAAUUCAGCUAUGAAUAUUUGAACGAUGACCCGCUUUGUCCAGUUCUGCGACUUCAGUGCAAACCCGGUGGCGCUUCUGAGUACAAUUUCUUCAAGACCAAUUUUUCCAUCAACAUAAUCGUCGGGUUCCCUUACGGCUUUUUCGAGGCCAAGAAACUGCUUCCAAACAAAAACUGCAUCCGUGUUCAAGAAGAUAAAGACACGAUGACUCCCUUGUACAAUUUCUCUAUUCUUUCGUCUUCUACUCAUGAGCACUACUUGAAAUUUCUUUACAAAACCAAGAAGCAGACAGAAGCUUUCAAGGAUGCCUGCAUGCUAGGGAAAUUAUGGCUUAAACAAAGAGGAUUCACUUCUAAAUCUGCGCAUUCCGGUGGACUGGGCGGUUUCGGCUCUUUCGAGUUCGCCACACUUAUGAGCGCUCUUCUCUGCGGUGGUGGUGUUAAUGGUAAUAAGAUUCUUCUUCAUGGGUUCUCUUCUUACCAGCUAUUCAAGGGUGUCAUGAAAUAUUUGGCAACUAUGGACCUCUGUGCGAAUGGUCACCUACAGUUUUACUCAGACCUUGAUCUGUCUUCGAAGCUGCCAACAGCAAAGUAUAUUGAAGAGGGUUUUCAAAUUCCCACAAUUUUCGAUAAAACUACCAAAGUCAACAUUCUUACCAAAAUGUCAGUUUCCUCGUAUCAAGCUUUGCAACUCUAUGCGCGUGAGACUUUUAUUCUGUUGAGUGAUGUAGUCAAAGACCAGUUUGCUAGCAUAUUUCUAACGAACUUGAAUAAGUUUCAGGAAAUCAAGUACGAUAUGACCUUUGAUUUGGAGAUACCGACCCAAUCAAUCGUCGUGGAGAAAUUUGGACCCACUGAAAAGAUCAAGUUUAUCAGUCUAGAGAACUUUGUGGUCAACAAAAUCUGCAAUGUAGCAAAAAUCGCUUUGGGCGAUAGAAUUAAGUCGCUACAGGUCGAACUGUUGAAUCACAAGACGUGGUUUCCCAUUAGCAAACGGAAACCUCAUAAUAAUACAAACAUUUCUAAUGCUCGCAUCCGUAUUUUGGUGAAUCCUGCCGAAUGUGAGAAGCUGGUUACGAAAGGCCCACUAAACUCCGAAGAGUUUGCUGCCGAGGCUCUCGUUUUCAAAAACUUUUGGGGUAAGAAAGCGUCUUUGCGUCGUUUUAAAGAUGGUUCAAUAACGAAUUCGUGCGUUUGGGCAACCUCUGCUUCUGAAUCGGUCAUCUCUCAAAUUUUGACGUACAUUUUUAAGUUGCAUCUGGCUGAAAACGUCAAACUCUCUAAUCUCACUUCUAGCCAAUUCCUGGAGUUACUACCUUUGCCAAAUUUGCCAGCAAGUUCCAGCAUGUCCGUUUUAAGCCUGAACACCUUUUACAAUUCACGCAAAUCAUUCGACAAUCUUUCCACGCUGCUGUUCAAGCUUGAUUUACCUCUCGGCAUCAAGUCUGUCCUACCAGUCGGCUCUGCAUUUAGGUACACGACAACUUGUCAACCUGUACCUUACGCUUACGCGAAUCCAGAUUUUUUACAAGAUGUGCUACUAGAAUUUGAGUCUUCUCAGAAGUGGCCGGAUGAGAUAACAUCUCUUGAGAAGGCCAAGACAGCAUUUUUGCUAAAGAUGCAAGAUGCUUUGACCGCCAAUCAUGGCCAAUACAAGACUUUUUUCUCCAGAGAUGAAUCUAUCCCAUAUAAUCUCGAGAUUGUCACACUCAAUAUUUUAACUCCUGAAGGCUACGGGUUCAAGUUCAGAGUUCUGACUGAACGUGAUGAGGUACUAUAUCUGAGGGCUAUUAGCAAUGCGCGCAUGGAAACAAAAGCGGAAUUGGAAAAUGUUUUCUUGAAAUUUACUGCUAAAUAUUUGGCAUCAGCAAGACACACUAGGACGCUUGAAAAUCUUGCUCAUAGCUUUCCGCUAUACCCACCAGUGGUAAGAUUGUUCAAAAAAUGGUUAGACUCGCAUCUUCUUCUAUCACAUCUAUCAGAAGAAUUGGUGGAACUGAUUGCAAUGAAACCAUUUGUCGACAGCGCUCCUUACUUUGCUCCAGCCUCCGUUGAGAAUGGGUUUUUGAAGAUUAUUGAAUACCUGAGCCAGUGGAAUUGGAGAGAAGAUCCACUCAUUUUAGACUUGGUUAAGCCUGAAGAAGUUGAUUUGGGCUCCGAUCCAAGUUCUGCGAACGGACUUGAUUUCACCUCCAAGAGCAGCAGCGACCUAAGGGAAAAAUUUACGGUGUCACAAAUCAAAGCCAUACAGAGCAAUUUCUCGACACUGCGCAAAAGCGAUCCACAGGGGCUGAACAUCCAAUUCUUUGUUGCAUCGAGGAAUGAUCCUAGCGGAAUCUUGUACUCAAGCGGCAUUCCACUUCCAAUUGCAACCAGACUGACUGCUUUGGCGAAAGUCGCUUUCAAUCUGAUUCAGGCCCAUGGCCUCAACAAACAAACCGUGGACUUACUGUUCACGCCGGCCUUGAAGGAUUACGAUUUCGUGGUGAAGCUCAAAAUGCCGGUGUCUCUCAAGCUUCCGAGCGGCGUGCUGCACCACAGCGGUUUCAAGAACCUGGAAGAGCAGCAAACAAGUUUCCCAUCAGAUCUCUCGCAAAUGAGCGAGAAGAUGGACCCUUCGUACCAACUGGUCAAGUACCUGAACAUGAAAUACAAGAACAGCAUAAUUUUUUCAAGUCACCGUUAUCCUGGCAUCAACGGAAGUGAUGCAGGCGAUCGCAAUGUCAUCACCGGGCUGAUCAAACCGGCUUUCAAAUCGCCCGUCAAGUUCAGAGCAAACAUGGAUGCCAAUGUCAGACCUGUCAACAACGAAUUGACGCUAUUGAACAAGGAAGCCAUUUUCAACGAAAUAGCUGUUUUUGGCAGUGACCUCAUUACCGCUUUCGAGUCCAAAUAG